AGUUAAAUAAAUAAAUUAAAUUAAUUAAAAUAAAAAAUGGGGUGCUUUUGGAGAAUGCACCAAAGGUACAAAGACACAACACACAAUUCUAGGGCCAUCUGGUUCUUUUAUAUUUUACCACGUGGUAUUACUAUACAAUUAUCUUUCGCCUUCAUUUUUACACUCCUUUUGGACUGUUCUUUUCCGGAAAAGUACUCCUUCUCUGACAUAAGAAAAAGGUGACCUUCUUCUUUCAUAAUCUUUUCUUCCUUUUGUUUGCUUAGAUUCUUAUUCUUCUUUCUUUGUUUAUCUCUCCUGUGUUUUAUUUCUUUUUCCUCUUUCCUUUUUGCUACGUUUUUGGUGGUUUUCACAGUUGAUUUUUGGUUUCCUAGCUGCAAAAAGGGAGGGGGAAUGGAUAUUUCUUUGCGUCUUUUUAAUUUUUUUUUAAUCAUAUAUGUGUUUCAGAGCAAAACAUACGGGUUUGAUCUACUUUGAUUUUCAUAAAGUUGUUUUUAUUGUUGCUGCUCUGUUUGGUUGUGGAUUUUAAGCAUUUGACGUUUUUUUCCUUUUACUGCACUUCUAUUUUCCGGUGGUAGUGACAAUUAUCGGAGUUUCUAAUGGUUUGGUUUCAGUAGAAUGUUUGUUCUAGAAAAUUAAUUAUCGACCACUUUGGCUUUCACACGAUUUUCAAAGUCAAAUUUCCUUAAGCGAAGAAAGCAAGAAAAUACUCUGACUAAUAGGGAUAUCCGACAAAAAUAGUGAAAGAAACCUUAGACGCCGUAUCGCUUAUCGAGCAAUGCCAGCUGAACAAAAGGAAGCUCUGCUGGAACGCCGUCGUGUAGCCUAUUCUACAAGAAGGCGUCGUCUUUCUGAAAUUCUUCUACUAGCCCCUCCAUGCAGAUUGAUUCUUCCCCUGAACCUCCAAACUUGAUUCCAUUGCCGACUACUACCUUCAUUAGAGACAGACUUUCUACUCCUCCUGCCAAGGAACAACCAAUUCAAUGUGCCAGUGUGUAUGAAAUAGGUUAGCGUAAAUUAACUUUAAGAAUUUAAAGCUGUAGCUAGAUAGUUAUUCACUAUAGUUGAUAUGUUAAUCCUUGCAGGAUCGACAUCCGGAACAUGUUAGAGGUCUUUUUUUAAUCAUAAUCAUAUUGUUACAUUACUUAUCCCAUUUUCCUAGGUUUGGCUCUUACUAAACUACACUAGAAUUCUACAGGACAUAGGUCAACACUGAUGGGUUGUUGGAAUAUCAAAGAACUACCUUGUAGUCCUUCCAUUUUAAAGAAAGUUCCAAACUGCAAAUUUUGUAAAGCCAGGAGAUUUCAAUAUGAACCUCCUAACUUCUGUUGCAGUAAAGGUUCAGUGAAAUUAGUUUCUCACCAGUUGCCUUCCAAGUUAAAAAGCCUUUACUUAGGUGUCACUGAUGAAUCCAAUCAUUUCCGUACUUAUGUAAGAACAUAUAAUAACAUGUUUGCAUUUACUUCACUAGGAGUAAAGUACAAUAAGGAGUUAGCAACCAUAACUCAAGGUGUCUAUACCUUUAAAGUUCAAGGACAAAUGUACCAUUUUAUAAACAACCUCAUUCUCUCCAAUAAUGAAGCAAGAAACCUACAACUUUAUUUUUAUGAUAAUGAGGACGAUAUAGUUAAUAAAAUGGCCUUUUCAGAAAAUCUGAACAGAUCAGUUAUUGCAAAGUUGAUAGACAUUCUAAAAGUUAAUCCAUACUCUAUGUUUCUGAAAUCUUUAAGGGGCAUUCCAAACCUGUCCAAUUUCUAUAUUGCACUUAAAUGUGAUUCUGCCUUGGACCAACGAACAUACAAUUUACCCAGUGUCUCAGAAGUUGCAGCUAUAUGGGUUGACGAUGACUCUAACAAUGCUAUCUCAUCACCGCAUAUUCGAAUUUACACCCAUUGUGAUAGUAGCCAGUUGGUACGCUAUCAUUAUGGUUGUUAUGACCCAUUACAAUACCCUUUAUUGUUUCCCUACGGAGAAAAUGGGUGGCACUGCGGCAUCCAAAAAAUUGUAGAAAAACGUAGCUCUUCCAGGAAUCAUUCUUCCCACAAUCAAGAGCAACUUCCUUCUGUCUCUAACUGGUGCCCAAUUGAUGGACUUCUUAACAUCGAAGAAGAAAUCUUACAGAAAGGGAUACGUAAGAAAAACAAUGUGUCAUGUCGUGAAUAUUACUGCUAUAAACUUCAGAUUAGAGACAAUGAAGAUAAUGAAACUUUACAUUCUGGAAGGUUAUUCCAACAAUAUUCUGUAGAUGAAUUUAUAAAAGUGGAAACACAAAGAUUGGACUUUUUGUUAUUCAAUCAAGAUUUGUUUAGGCUUGAAGUAUUGGCAGGUCUUAGGGAUCUUCUAAGGCAAGGAGAAAGAGACACUUCAAAAAUUGGCAUAAAAACAUUCCUUCCUGCUAGCUUUACUGGAGGUCCAAGAGACAUGCGGCGUCGAUAUAUGGAUGCUAUUGCAUUAGUGCAACACUUUGGUAAACCUGAUAUCUUCCUAACAAUGACAUGCAAUCCUUCAUGGCCAGAAAUAGAAGAUCUCUUACUACCUACUGAUGAAGUCCAAAACAGACCAGAUUUAAUAAGCCGUACAUUUAAAGCAAAGGUAGAAGAACUAAAGUCAGACAUCGUUAAAAAAGGUAUAUUUGGAAAAGUGGUAGCUUUUAUGUACACUAUAGAAUUCCAAAAACGAGGUCUCCCACAUGCUCAUUUCCUUAUCAUACUUGCUGAUGAAUACAAAUUAUUAACACCUGAAGCUUAUGAUAAAGUGAUUUGUGCUGAAAUACCAAACCUUGACACAAAUCAUUAUUUACAUUCAUUGGUUAUUAAGCAUAUGAUGCAUGGACCUUGCAGAAGUUUAAAUCCUAAAAGCCCAUGCAUGAUAAAGACGGGACACUGUGAAUUUAAAUAUCCCACAAGUUAUGCCCCUGAAACAUGUAAAGGUAAGAAUUCUUACCCAAUUUACAGAAGGCAAGAUACCGGAAAUUUUUUCAAGGUUAGAACUCAAUAUCUCGACAAUUCAUGGGUUGUUCCUUACAAUCCAUAUCUAUUAAGCAAGUUCAAUUGUCACAUAAAUGUUGAAAUUUGCUCGGAUGUUAAAGUUGUCAAAUAUAUCUAUAAAUACAUUUGUAAGGGGCAUGAUAAAAUUGCUUUCCAUGUACAUAGUAAUGAUUCUGAUAUAGAAAUAGACGAAAUAAGAGACUAUCGAUCAGCUAGAUGGGUUUCACCGCCAGAAGCUAUGUGGCGUUUGUUCGCCUUUCCUAUUAGUGAAAUGAAUCCAUCAGUCUACCAUCUUCAGCUUCAUCUUAAGGAACAACAAUAUGUUUCCUUUAAGACAACUGCAAGUCUAAACUCAGUCUUAAAUAAUCCUACAACUGCAAAAACAAUGUUAACAGAAUUCUUUUCAAUGAAUGCAACAAGUGCGGUUACAAAUGAACUUAGCUUACUAUACAAAGAAUUUCCCCAAUACGUUGUCUGGUCAACAAGCGAUAGAAUGUGGACACGAAGAAUACAAGGCAAUGUUAUUGGUCGUAUUGUCACUUGUCAUCCAACAGAAGGAGAAAGAUACUAUCUUCGACUAUUGUUGAUGAACAUAAGAGGACCAAAAUCCUACGAAGAUCUUAGAACUGUUGAUGGAAGAUGUUGUAGCACAUUCCGAGAAGCUGCUGGAAAAAGAGGCUUGCUAACUUGUGACAACAACUUAAUUGAAUGUAUGUCAGAAGCUACUAAUUACCAAAUGCCAUACAGUUUGAGACGUUUAUUUACAACAUUAUUAGUUUUAUUUUAA